AUGGAAAAAGAACAAUAUCGGUCGGUGAUUCGAUUCUUGUUUUUGGAAGGGAAAUCGCGCAGCGAAAUCAAAGAACGCUUGGAUGCUGUGUACGGUGACUCUUCUCCUUCGAUGGCGACCGUCAAAAAUUGGUUUAAUGAAUUUCAACGUGGUCGCACGUCAGUUUUUGAUGAGCCACGCCCCGGUGCCCCGAAAACGGCUACUGCGGAGAAGAACGUUACAAAAAUCCAUGACCUUGUAUUGGCAGACCGCCGAUUGAAGGUACGCGAGAUAGCCGAGACAGUAGGCAUCUCAAAAGACCGCGUGGGUCAUAUCCUGCACGAAAUUUUGGGCAUGAGAAAGCUGUCGGCGAGAUGGGUGCCGCGUUUGCUCACUCCGGACAACAAGCGCAACCGUGAAACCACUUCAGAGCAGUGUUUGACGCUGUUUAAGCGCAAUUCGAAGGAGUUUCUUCGUCGUUUCGUGACCGUCGACGAAACAUGGAUCCACUGGUACACUCCAGAGACCAAGGAACAGUCGAAACAGUGGACUUCACCCGGCGAACGUGCUCCCAAGAAGGCAAAGACUGUGCAAUCGGCAGGAAAGGUGAUGGCCACCGUUUUCUGGGAUUCACAAGGUGUGAUCUACAUCGACUACCUGGAGAAGGGCAAAACGAAGGGCACACAGGGCUGUACUAUGCCGAAUUAUUGA